UUACUUUGCCUUCCCGUGUAUUGUUGUCUGUCAAAUAUACAGACCUCAAGAUGAUAGUUUAUCUCGCAGCCACAAUUUUCCUGCUAGCUAUAUGUGGAGAGCCGGUGUCGGCGGACGGCGCAGCGCCAUGCGAGGACCUCAAUACGGCCGCCUGUGCUCUGUUCCUGAGCAGUAAGCCAGAUCUCUGCCAGGACCCGGCACUCUCCGCCAACUGCAAGCGCUUCUGUGGACUGUGUCCGCUAGUGUGCUACAGCUGUCCAAUGGCCGUAAACAGCUCGGACGACUGCAACAACACCCGGGCAUGCGAUCCAGACGAGGUUUGCAUGAGAAAGCAACACUCGUACCCAGACGGUUCCAAGGAAUUUAUCCUGUCAUGCGAGAGCAAAAUGGCUUGCGAAGGUCUCAACUACGGGUUCCAUAACAUCGUAGGUAAGCGGGACAUCAACUUCCACUGCUGUAGCGCAGACCUGUGCAACCUGCCGCCGGAGUUCACGACCACCAUGGCGCCUCCACCCACCACCACCGUCCCCACAACAACACUCCGGCAGCUACACAGAUGUGCACGCGAUGUAGUGUUUGUCCUUGACGGGUCCACUUCCAUCGGGACAUCAAACCAUCUGUUCCUCCGGAACUUUGUCACCGCCGUCAUCAACUAUCUGAGCAUUGGUACGGACGAUACCCUGAUGGGUCUGGUUGAGUACAGCGACAGCGCGCGGGUCGAGUGGUAUCUAACAGACCAUAUGACAAAGAAAGACCUGCUUACCGCCUCACUGAACAUUCCAUACGUUCGCGGUAGCACGGCAACUAACGCGGCCUUCUGGCUCGUGCGCAACUCCGUCCUGACAUCAGCCCACGGAAACAGACCUAAUGCACAGGAUGUGGUAGUGCUCGUUACUGACGGCGGCACAAACAACGCCGAAAUGGCGGUCAACGAGGCCAAGCUGUUACACAACUCGGGUGUGGAAGUGGUCGCUAUCGGGGUUGGGGCGAGUGUGGAAAGUGCGGAGUUGGACCAGUACAAAACCUCAUACACUGUGAAGGUUAAUAGCUAUACCGACCUACGAAAUAUCGCUAAUGCUGUUGCCCAUUAUAUUUGUCAAUAAAAAGCGACGAUUAA